GGGGAGCCGAUGGAUGACCGGGAGGGCGAAGAAAGAUAACACCCAGGAGCGUUAUGAAGACUAUCGGCUUGAGCCAGCAUAAGGAGCCUUCUUCUGCUCGAUCGAACGGCCCGGACAAGUAGGCGAGCUCAUCGGCUGUCAUUGGCUCCGUUCUCCAGGACGGUCUCAGGCUUAACAUUUAUAACGAUCGUAAAACAAAACAAAAAAAAAUAUCUUGCGGGAAUUAGAGAUUGUUGUUGGAAGGUACCCAUACCAAUUCCCGUGCCUUCUUCAACGGGUGUAGAAUACAGUCUCAGGAGGAUCUGUAAGCAAGGAGGAUCUGUGCCUAGCCUAAGACUUUCCUUAAAGCCUAUCACCAAAACUGAUGCUCCAGAGGAAGUCACGAUGUGAUGGGUACAACCAGGAUUGUUUCUUUUCUGUCCUAGCCACUUAGCAUUCUUCUUGAAAGCAUCCCUCUUUCUGAGGCACAGACUGAGAGCACGAUGUUUUGCCACUACAUGAUAUUUCUUAUUGGAACAGUGCUUGUGUGCCGAGAAACACUUGCAAUUCGUAGCUGUUCAGUGGAAGAGACGAUAGCCUACUACGAUUUCUGCAAUCUUACUUGGGUGCCACCUGUGCCUGAACAUGUUGAGAUUCUAUCCCUAAACUUCAAUUUCAUCCAACGAGUUAAUGCAACCUCUUUCCCUCUGAGGGAGAAACUAAAGUUUUUAUACCUUGGAACACAAAAACGCUUUCCCUUAACCAUAGGAAAAGAUGCUUUUAGGAACUUGCCAAACCUAAAAGAAUUGGAUUUGGGCGACAACAAAAUGAUGCUGUUAGACCCUGAUGCUUUUGUGGGCUUGUCUAGAGUCAAUACUCUUUUACUGUAUCAAAAUAAUCUUGAUGGAUCCAUUCUGGAAGAGGAUUACCUCAGAGAUUUGAUUUCAUUGAAAUAUCUGGACCUCAAAUAUAAUAGAAUCACGCGUGUUCGCCCUCACAGUGUAUUUUAUAACAUGAAAUUCUUGAACAGUCUAGACUUGGAAUUAAACCCUAUUACAUCUAUCUGUGAAGGGGAUCUUAAUAAUUUCCGAAUAGCAAGGUUCAAAUGGUUUAGUCUUCGUUCUACUAAAAUAUAUAAUAGUAUUGUGGAUUGGGCUACUUGUGGGAAUCCUUUAAAAAAUGUUAGCAUAGAAACACUGAACAUUGGGGGUAAUGGCUGGAGUGCAACUCUAACAGGGCAAUUUUGUGCAGCUAUUAGAGGGUUCCCACUGUUGAGUUUGAAUAUGUCUUAUCAUGGUAUGGGCGCAUCAUUUGGAUUUAAUAAUCUUCCUGAUCCUGAUAUUAAUACAUUUGCAGGUCUUAAGGACAGUGGCAUCAUUGAGUUUGAUAUAUCAAACGGCUGGAUUUUUUCUCUUAAACCACAAGUAUUUCGAUAUCUCCAUGAUUUGAAGCUACUGAAUCUAAACAAUAAUAAAAUAAAUAAAAUUGGGAAGGGAGCAUUUCUUGGUCUUCAGAAUCUGCAGUAUCUAUUCUUAUCAAACAAUCUGAUUGGUGAGCUCUUUAAGGACACGUUUGAAGGUCUUCCUAAUGUGAUUCAGAUAGAUCUAAAACAUAAUCACAUUGGAGUGAUUGAUAGAGAUCCAUUCAAAUCCUUACCAAAGCUUCAACAAGUGGAUCUCACGGAUAACGCCUUAAAAGUAAUAGAUUCUCUCCCAAAUCUCAUCAAUGUUUUGCUAGGUGACAACCGGAUAGAGACUACAUCUUAUUGGAAAAUACAAUUUAUAAAUGCCACACUCCUCAACUUAAAAGGAAACAGAUUGGGGAAUCUGGGUGAUCUCUAUGAACUUCUCCAAUUUCCAGCCCUGAAGUAUCUUGCUUUACAAAACAAUCGUUUAUCCUAUUGCUUCAAAUACAAAGACAUAGCAAAAGACAAUGAGUUGAUUUACUUGGACCUUGGAGACAACAUGCUGAAGCUUAUAUGGGAGAGAGGUUUAUGCUUGGAUGUGUUCAAAGCACUUUCCCACCUGGAAAUUCUCUAUCUCAAUGACAACUACCUUGCUUUCAUCCCAGAGGGUAUAUUUAGUGAGCUAAAGUCACUCAAGACGCUUAACUUGUCUAACAACCUGUUGACUUCCUUUUUUCAAGAUACCUUUCCUACAAACAUGAAAGUUCUUGAUUUGUCAUCAAAUCAGCUACUUUACCCUGAUCCUCAGCUCUUUGCAACAUUAGACCAGCUGGAUAUUACCCAUAACACAUUUUACUGUGACUGCCUAUUAAGCAACUUUAUUUUGUGGCUAAACCAAACCAAUGUUACUUUAGAUGGCUCACGCAAUGAUAUAUUUUGCUCUGGACCACCGCAGUUUGCUGGUGUUCCUCUCCAAUACUUAGAUACAGAGAAUUGCAAUGAACAUAAGCUCAUGGAGCCUCUGCAGCUGUCACUCUUCCUUUUUACCUGUGUUAGUAUAACUGUGUUUCUAGUAGCAGUAGUUGUUUUUACUCGUUUUAGAGGAGUUUGUUUCCUCUGGUAUAAAACACUCACACAAUUCCUCAUGAAGGAGCUCCCACCAGAACUGGAUCAACAAGGACGCAAGUAUGAUGCUUACCUUUGCUAUAGCAGCAAAGACUUUGAGUGGGUCCAGAGUUCCUUGAUAAAGCAUCUAGAUUCUCAGUAUUCUAAGAAGAACAGAUUUGCCCUUUGCUUUGAAGACAGAGAUUUCCUGCCUGGGGAGGAUCAUAUCAGUUGUAUUCAUGAUGCUGUCUGGAACUGUAGGAAAACAAUUUGCGUGGUCACAAGACAGUUUCUCAAGGAUGGCUGGUGUGUGGAAGCCUUUAAUUUUGCCCAGAGCAGGUAUUUCUCAGAUCUGGAGGAUUGCCUCAUAAUGGUGGUAGCUGGAUCUCUCUCUCAAUAUCAGCUUAUGAAAUAUCAACCAAUCAGGAUCUUUUUGCAAAGGGGGCAGUACUUGAGAUGGCCAGAAGACCAUCAAGAUUUGGAGUGGUUUUUAAGCACACUGUCUCACCAAAUAAUGAAAGAAAAGAAAGUUAAGAAGUCCCCAAUGGUUGAAUUGAAUGUUAUAACCGUUUCCUAACAGGCCUGGUUCUUGGCCACCAUGCAAUGUCAUAAGAAGGCUUACUUUCCAGAGAAUUUGACAGUUUGUUCUAAUAGCAUACUGAGCCAUUCUUUCUGUCCAAUGAGCUAGGUCAGGGGUGACAAACUCAAGGGGUCCUUAGAUCUGGCCCAUGGGGCUGCCAUGGAAACAGUGGGAGACCCACCUGCAUAGCCCGCCCGAGCUUGGUUUUCAUUGGCAGAGCACUCGGCCAGCCACAAGCUUCCAUGACUUGAGUAAUGUAUAGCUGGACAUGCCCCCCCCGCCUCCCCGAGAUCAAACAACCGUGAUGCGGCCUUCAAUGAAAUUGAGUUUGAUACCCCUGAGCUAGCUGAAUCUGUUAUUUAUACUUCUCUGUUAGAUCUCUGAUAAACCUGGCUUCAUUUUUUUCACUGUAAAAUGUCAGGUUACUUAUUAUAGUGUUAAGUUGUGAAAGCCAAGUUCUGGAUGAUUGGUAUAAAGGUAGUCCUCAACUUACAACCACAAUUCAACUCAAAAUUUAUGUUGUUAAGUGA